CCCUCGAGGUUACUUUGCGUCACAUUGCGCGAUAAUGCCGACAGUUAUCAGCUGACUGUUUAUAUUCGACACGCUGAGGAACCGUUUUUCUUAUUUGUCAGUCAUCAAAGAAUUAAAUUAGCCUGUCACUAAUCGUCACUGUCACUCGAAAAUGUUGAGACCAGCACGAACAUUGGUGAUUACUCUGCAACGUGUCAAAGAAUGCAGUCCAGUCCUGAGAUGCAGUCGACAGAGAUCAGACAUAACCGAGUACGAGUCUCCCAUCACAGAUGAGUACAAAAGAGGACCAUCUGAGGGAAGAUCCCUCUACAUGGACGCACAAGCCACGACACCAAUGGAUCCCAGGGUUUUGGACAAGAUGCUACCGUUUUUCACAGCGUACCAUGGGAAUCCACACUCCAGGACUCACAUGUAUGGAUGGGAGUCUGAAGCUGCUGUGGAACACGCGAGGAAGCAAGUCGCUGAUUUAAUUGGGGCUGACAAAAAGGAGAUAAUUUUCACCUCCGGAGCAACUGAGUGCAACAACAUCUCAGUCAAAGGUGUUGGGAGGUUCUACAAAGCUAAGAAGAAGCACAUUGUGACGACACAAACUGAGCACAAAUGCGUUUUGGAUUCCUGUAGAGCUCUCCAAGCUGAAGGAUUUGAAGUCACUUACCUUCCAGUUUUGCCGAAUGGACUCAUCGAGCUGGAGAAAUUGGAAGCAGCAAUACGCCCUGAUACGUCUCUCGUGUCAGUAAUGAUGGUGAAUAAUGAAAUCGGAGUGAGACAACCGAUCGAAGAAAUUGGGGCAUUAUGCAGGAAGAAAAAAGUAUUUUUCCACACAGACGCUGCCCAGGCAGUGGGCAAAAUCCCGAUUGACGUAAAUGCCAUGAACAUCGACUUGAUGUCCAUCAGUGGCCACAAAAUCUAUGGACCCAAGGGAGUCGGAGCUCUCUAUGUUCGUAGACGACCUAGGGUACGUGUAGAACCGAUUCAGAGUGGUGGAGGACAGGAAAGAGGGAUGAGAAGUGGUACUGUACCCACUUCACUUGUCGUUGGGAUUGGAGAGGCGUGUGAAAUUUCUGGAGCUGAGAUGGAGUAUGACAACAAGCAUAUAACAACCCUUGCAAAUCAUCUAAUCGAUAAAAUAACAACGAACUUACCCCACGUCGUGCGAAAUGGUGAUCCCGUCGCUUGGUAUCCAGGCUGUGUCAAUCUCUCUUUUGCUUACGUCGAGGGUGAAUCGUUGCUGAUGGCUCUGAAGGAUGUGGCCUUGAGCAGUGGUUCGGCUUGCACCAGUGCCAGUCUUGAGCCAAGCUACGUUUUGCGAGCUAUUGGAGCCUCUGAAGACCUCGCACACUCCAGUAUUCGCUUCGGCAUUGGGAGAUUCACGACACUCGAGGAGAUCGAUUACACCGCCGACAACACCAUUCGACAUGUCAAACGCCUCAGGGAGAUGAGUCCACUCUGGGAGAUGGUGGAGGAUGGCAUCGACCUGAAGACGAUUAAAUGGACUCAGCACUGAGUCUUUAUGAGUUUGGAAAUAAUUCCAGUGACUCCUCAUGGCAAUGAUUUUGUGGGGACACUAGAGAGUGAGGGAUUGAGGCACUGGAAAUUUCUGAAUCUUCGAUAUCUCGAAGGAAUAUUAUAAAUAUAAUAAAAUUGAUGACUUAUUUCGAGGAAUUUCGAGAAUUGAAGAUUCAGGAGAUCAUUGUGCACGGAUAAUCUACGUCUUGUAUAAUUUCACUCAAUGAAAAUCUGUUACUGGAAA